UAUAGAGUAUGUUCCCUACACUCGAGUAGGUGUAGAACGUACUCCGCCACGAAUGUCAAAACUUUAUGGUUAUAUUGGUUAUGUUGCCCACUUUCGCCGAUAACUCGACACGAAAAAGCUCUCCUAAGAGCAAACAACCACCCCGAUAACGCCACAUGUCCAAAUUAUGAUCGAUAACCAACUCCAGUCGGAAUCAUGUCCUCGGAAGAGUCAACAGAGUCCCGGCAAAACAACGAGUUGGAAGCGCUCCAGGCCAUUUACGGCGACGACUUGAGGGACCUGCGAGGAAAAUCGGCCUGGAACGCCUGGACCCCUUUAAAUUUAUCAAUCUCUCUGAACCCCCAACAGGGCAGUUCGGGCCUCCACGAAGUCUACGUCAAGCUUGAUUUGCACGUCACGUGCCCCGAAACGUACCCCAACACUGUUCCUGUGAUUAAAUUAGAGAACAGUAAAGGCCUGUCCGACAAUUCCCUCAUCCAGCUCCAGAAAAUCCUAGAGGAAAAGGCGGACAAGUUAAGGGGCGAGGAGAUGAUUUUUCAGUUGGCGCAGCACGUCCAGGAGUUCCUCCACUUGCACAACAAACCGGCGUCGAAGAGCUUCUACGACGAGAUGCUCCAGAGACAGAAGGAAAAGGAGGAGAAGGAUUUACAAGCCAAACUAAUGGAGGAAGAUAGAGAAAGGCAAUUCGUACAACAAGAAGUACAAAAGCGGCAAGAAAUUUUGAAAUUGGAGUCGCGCAUGCGCCGUUACAAUUCCGAAAACUCCGACGACAGUGAUCAAAGGCGGCGCUCGAUCUCGUACAACUCGAAUGAAAACAGCGAUGAGUCUCUCUGUAGCCACAAAAAGACCGUAAUUGUGGAAUUCACCAAUCGUGAGAUCAAGCGAGGCCAGUGCUUAAAACAUUGCAGCUACAAUCACGUGGUUUUUAUCGGAAUGGACGUCAAGACCGGCGAAAUUGUCCUUUUGAGCGAGUGGAUCAUCACCAAUCGUAAAUAUCUGUCGAGUCUUGAGCAAGAAUUUAAUUAUUUGGCCAAACUGAAGCACCAAAACCUCGCCCACUAUUUGAGUUUUAAGUACGAAGGGCAUGCAGAUGGCGCUGUUGUUCAUAUUUUGAAAGAGUAUGUCAGUGGGCCCAACUGUUCGUUUUUCAUGAAUGAGAAUCUCAGUGUGAGCAUCCAGUUUAUUAAAUAUGUGGCGAAGGGUGUGCUCACUGCUCUCGAUUAUUUGCAUAGGAAUAACGUCGUGCAUAAAGACAUAAGAGAGAGUUGUGUGUACAUCAGUGAGAAAGGCAUUGUUGCGCUGACUAAUUAUAGUUUGCAUCGCAGACUGACUGAUAUCUCCUCACAAACGAACAUUACCUCCAAUUAUAGCAAAAAGACUGAUAUUUAUAAAUUUGGCGUGUUCUUAAUUUCACUAUUGCAAGGCGCGAGCUUAACAGAGGACGAUGAUGUCGAUAUUCCGCCUUGCGUUCCAUCAGAUCUCUAUGAUUUUUUAUCAAGAUGUUUGGAAAAGCAGGAAAAAGAGCGUUUUACCGCAGUCCAAUUAUUAAAUCAUUCGUUUCUUCGCCAGAACAGUUUAUUAUCGUCACCUGGUCACAAAAUCGACCAUAAUAUUCCAGAUGGGAACAUUUCGCCUGAUUUGGCAACCGAUGAACUUAAUCCAUUGCAGCAUCAAAGUGGCCAGUCUCGCAUUGAGAAAGAGUUUGAAAUUAUCGAUAAUUUGGGCAAGGGGGCGUAUGGGGACGUUAUUAAGGCUAGGAAUAAUUUAGAUGGGAGAUAUUACGCAAUCAAACGCAUUAAAUUAAACCCCAGGAACCGACAAUUAAAUAAAAAAAUUGUUCGUGAAGUUAAGCUCUUAUCGAGGCUAAAUCAUGAAAAUAUAGUGCGUUAUUAUAAUUCCUGGAUUGAACGGACGGUGAUAAAGGGUGACGACAGCAGUGAUAUGGAAAGUACAACGUCGGGGAUUGACGAUAAGUGUCCAAGGAUAGUCCGUCCAGAUGAGUUCACCCUCAAUGACAAUAUUGAAGAGCUGGCGCCCUCUAUAAAAAACGUGGAAGUUUCCGUAACGUUUGACAGCAUAUCACAGCCUGCUUACGACUCGUCAUCGGAUGAAUCAAGCUGUGAUGACGAGAACAGCCUGGACAUUUACGAGGAAUCAGAUUCGGACGGAAUCGAGUUCGAAAAAGACUCACAUGCCCCCAGCCCCAGCGACCCCCCGUCCACCAAAAGCCCCCAACUGCUCGAAACGGGGCGCCAAAUCGAAUUCAUGUACAUCCAGAUGGAGUUUUGCGAAAAGAGCACCCUACGUAACGCCAUAGAUAACAGUGUGUACCUAGACGAGGACCGAGUGUGGCGCCUCUUCCGCGAAAUAGUUGAAGGCUUAGCCCACAUCCACCAGCAAGGCAUGAUCCAUCGUGACCUCAAACCCGUCAAUAUUUUCCUCGAUUCGAACGAUCACGUGAAAAUCGGCGAUUUCGGAUUGGCCACGAACAUGACACCGAAGCUAAACGAGCACGAUUUGAACCGAACCUUUCCGGAACGGUACGACAUGGACGAGAGCAAGACGGGAUUGGUGGGCACAGCACUCUACGUGGCGCCGGAAUUAAACGUCGCCUCCAAGGCGAAUUACAACCAAAAGGUUGAUAUUUACAGUUUGGGCAUUAUUUUUUUCGAAAUGUGUUACAAGCCCUUGUUGACCAACAUGGAAAGGAUCAAGAUUUUGACGAGUUUGCGGAAGAAAGAGAUCGUGUUACCUGAGGAUUUCGCACCGGGGAAUCCCAAACAGAAGUUUCUGGUCACGUGGUUGUUGAAUCAUGACGUUGCGAAACGGCCAACUUCGGUCGAGUUGCUACAAUCGGAACAUAUACCGCCCCCUGUUUUGGAAGAAUGUGAAUUAAGAGAACUGGUUAGGCACACUUUAAGUAACCCACAAUUGAAAGGUUACAAGUACUUGAUAGCAUCAUGUUUUGAUCAGACGUUAACACCGGCACAAAACAUAACGUAUGAUAAGGAUUCAGCAGUGCCAACUUUAAAUAAACCACAAAUUUAUGACUUUGUCAAAGAAACAAUAGUCAAGAUUUUCAAACAACAUGGGGCCCAGAAUUUGACAACGCCUCUUUUAAUGCCCAAAAGUCACUACUACGAGGGCGUGGAGUCUUGUGUCAAACUUAUGACACACUUUGGAGGUAUUGUUUCGCUCCCGCAUGACUUGAGGGUUCCGUUUGCCCGUUAUGUGGCCUGGAACCGAAUCACCCUUUUACGUCGCUACUCAGUCGAGCGUGUUUAUCGCGAAAAACGCGUUUUCGGGUUUUUACCGCGUGAAUUGUACGAGUGCGCCUUUGAUAUCGUCACCCCGAGCCCGGGGAAUCACACAUCAGACGCCGAAGUUUUGUACGUCAUUUACGAAAUCAUCAACGAACUUCCGGGGGUGAAGAACAAACACGUCACGAUCCGACUCAACCAUUCGCUGCUGAUGAAGGCGAUUCUGUUGCAUUGUGGCGUCAAGAACCGACACGAGGAGAUUUUACAGAAAUUCUCCGAUGUUAAAGACGGUAAAGUACCGAAAAGCGACCUGCAAGACUACCUGAUCCAGUUCGGCCUAUCCGACAAUGCAAUUUCGACCCUAACUAACAUUUUUAGUUCGGAGUUUGAGGUCAGCAAGGCCGCAAACCACUUCCAGUCAAUCACUCGGAAAAAAUCGAGCGAGGCGAGCCAUUUGGCCAAGCAGGCGUUGCAAGAAUUGAAAAGUAUAGCAUACAAUGCGGAGGCGUUCGGAGUCACGUUUGAAAUGGUGGUGGCACCCGGUGCCGUGUACAACAUCCAACAAUAUUCCGGAAUGAUUUGUCAGUUUGUUUGCGAGUUAAAAAAGAAGCACAAACACGGUAACAAGGAGGUUUUGGCCGCGGGAGGGCGCUACGACGCUAUGAUAACAUCGUACCGUAAAAUAAUGGAAAAUGCGAACAUGUUAGCCAGGGAUAUUAAACAAUCAGCUGUUGGUGUUUCCCUCUCUUUGGACAAGUUGGCCCAGGCAGUGAUGAGGGAACAGGAGGAUUUGCCCUCACUUGAGGUGCUGGACGUUGCGGUUUGUUCAGUUGGCACCAAACCGCUCCUCAGGGAGAAAACUAAGAUUUUGCGCAAUUUGUGGUCGGCCGGGAUUCGCUGUGCCAUGAUUGAGGCAACAAAUAUUGAAGAGAUUCAGGAACAGUGUGGCGAGUUAAAAGUGCCUCACGUUGUUAUGUUGAAAGACAGCGAGCAAGGGACUGUGCGUGUGCGCAGUUGGGAACGCGAUCGCUUUCAGGAGAAAACGGUUAAAACGCCAGAACUGGUCGAAACCAUGCAACGAAUCAUCAAGUGCUGGAAGGAGGGGGCGCAGGAGGUGCUCCCAAUCACUGGAACUGUCUUCAGGUCAGAUAGUAAAAGCAGUUAUGACAAAAAUGAGCACGAGGCCACCGUUGCCGUCUUGUUUGUUACGGAGGAUAAGCUGUCAGCCAAUGCGAGACGGCGCUACGAUAUUCAAAUCCGAUCUCAUUUAGACGUUUUGGUGAAGAAAUUGAGCGGUUUUGUGACUGUUUUGGGGCUCAGUGUCGAAUCAAAUGUCAUUCGGACCAUAGCUUCGUACCUGGAGUGGGAAACCGACCAACAGUUUCACAAAUCGGUCCAAGCCAUAAUCGAGAAGCACCAGCGCCACAAAAAAUACCUAACUGACGUCUGUGAUGAAAUAUACGAACAGAAAAGCAAAAAGACGAAACCUGCGGUGAUCCUGUUCAGUCUGCUCGACUCGUUUUAUAGGUUGUUAAUUUAGGUAAAUUAUUUUUUUACAUGUAUUGUUUGAUAAGAUUACAAUCUUAGUUACAAUUCA